AUGAUGGCAAACAGAAGCUUAGACAUCUUGCUGGUGGGAAAAACAGGACAUGGAAAGAGUGAGACAGCCAACUCAAUUGUGGGAUACAAGGCUUUUAAAAGUUAUGUGAGUUUCGGGUCAGGCACGAGAUCUGCCCAGUUUGAAUAUGCAGAGUUCGAUGGAAGGAUUCUGAAAAUUGUGGACGGUCCUGGAGUUGGCGAUAACCGUCCAGACACGGAGGAUGCGGUCAAGCUAGUUGUUGAUGCCAUGUCAUUUGCUGUAGCUGCUAAUCCAGACGGAUAUCAUGCCAUUGUGAUAGUGGUUAGCUUUGGAAUUCGUUUUACCAAGGAGGAGUCUGAAACAAUUCGGCUGCUUAAAGACAUUUUUGGUGCAAAUUUCAUCAGAGAUCAUGGUAUUUUGUUGAUGACACACGGAGACAAUUUUCUCACCAGGGACGAAGACAGUACGGAAACAUUUGAAGAAUGGAUUCUUAAAGAGAAAGGGGAAAUUCAGGAUCUGAUUAAGGAAUGCAAGGGAAGAGUUAUACUUUUCAACAACAAAGCAGAUGAAAAUGGAAAAAAAGAACAAACCCGAAAAUUGUUGGCUAUAGUAGAUAAACUUGCCGCGAAUGGUCAACGUUACACAAGUGCCAUUUUCAACAAGGGAAAGGAGACGCGGGAUCGACUUCUCAAAGAAUCCAAAAAGAUACAGUUGUGUGAGGAAUCACUAAUGGAAUGUGGUCUUGUCACACAAGAACUUGCUCGAAUGCGUUAUGAUGAUCCUAAAGAAACUCUAGGCAAGCUUCGAAGAAUGCCCACUAGAACAGACACACUGAGACGGAGCAUCAGAGAACAGGACCAGGGUACUAAACAGUUGAGUGGGGCAAUAAUGUUAGCUGAACAACUGCAUGCAGUCGUUAACGAACGAACAAAGGAUGCUGAAGAAAUUCUUAAAAUUAAAGAGCAAUUGACACAGGUGAAAACUCAAAUGAGAGACCUUAGUUUGGAGGCUGCAAAGAAAAUGAAUGAAAAACAGAUUAAACAAGAGAGAGAUAAGGAGCCGCAGAUUGAUAGAGAAGAAGAAGAAGAGACCAAGAGGGAGCUUGAGAAAAAUAACAAACACCUAUUCGAAAAGAAUCAAAAGCAACUGGACAAAAUACAGUCCGCAUAUCAAGAUGUAAAACAAGAAGAUUCCUGGACUUGGGGUGAUGUAGCAAGUGCUCUUGUGGUCCCAACAAUAUCUUUAGUGAAAUGGUGGUGGCAUGGUUAG